UGACAUUCUGUGUAUCGCGGAGAAUCAGUCAAUUAGCUGUAUGAAGCAUUGAUUAUAUAAUACAAGACUUGUUAUACAUUAAAUUACAUCUAGGUGAACGUAUCAGUAAGACGUUGACACUCGACAAAGAGAUGUUUGUGUAGUUCUGAUGCUUCAGUGCGUGUGGUGGGAUUUUAGUUAAAUCUGUGAAAUCGAAAAUGCCUUCCCAGGCAGCUGAUUCUAAGCGGGAGGAGUUUAGGAAAUAUCUAGAAAAAGCAGGUGUUUUAGAUGCUUUAACGAAAGUAUUAGUAGGCCUGUAUGAAGAACCAGAGAAGCCAAACAAUGCUCUAGACUUCCUGAAACAGCACCUAGGUGCCUCUGGACCCGAGACAGCUGAUGUAGAGGCUCUGAAACAGGAAGUGACAGAGUUGCGGCAAAAAGUGGAACAGUUGUCGGAGGAUAAUACAGAUCUGAAGGCCAAGGUUGGCAACUUACAACAAUAUGAACCUCCGUCAGAUGAACAGGCCCUGGAUAGUUAGACACUCCCCAAACGCCGCCCAUCCAUCUCCUGUCAUGUCUUCACUUCAUCGUACAUUAGGACAAGUGCUGUAUAGGACGUCACAGUACCUCACCGAGUAGGACAAGUGUGUCUGUGACAGUAUUCAACUUACAGAACAUGCGGCAAUGUGUUUUGUCAGAUCAGCUGGCAAGAAAAUAGUUUUAUUGAUGGACUCCUGUUUCACAAGGAAGACAUGGAAAAGAAUAGCUCAAUAUGGAUAUGGUUUUAUCAUGUAUGACUGAUUUUGUUUUCAGAUCUCCAUUGUCAAACAGGGUUUUGUCAAGUGUAAAUUGCAUACUUGUAAAACUAUUGAUACAAAACGUCUUUCCCUGGUCUCAGUAAAUUUGGAUCUACGUGAACCAGUAUCUUUUUUGUCAAAUUUACUUCAGACACAAAACAUGAUUCUCACUGUUGCUUUGAAAAUCUACCUUUCAAAACACAUAUCUAAUCAAGACACCUAUAUAUAUACAUGACAGUUCUUUGAAGAAAGUUAUGACGUUUUUGACUUUAUUUCUUAAUAUUGAUGCUGAAAAUUUGUGAUAGCAUUACUACCAUCUGGUAUCAAAUCUCAUGCCCGUCAGCUUAUCAAAUCUUUGAAGAAAAAAACAACAUUUUGGCAAUGGACUAUUAAUGUCAAGUUAUUUUUUAGCAUCAGUUGACAGGUAUAAAGUUUCUGGUCACAAUAUAAAUAUGUCCCUGGUAUACAAAGAGUUACCCACCAGCUUUAAAAGGAAUGUAGUCCUGUGUAAUAUUGUACUGUUCCCAGUUAUCUCCCUUGUCAGUCGUUUUGGAAGGCUAACGGACAGUCUGAUCUCACAGAAGUCUACAACACAAACACACAUUCCAGUAAUUGGCAGGUCUACAUUGAAGUUACCCCAAUUUGUUAUUUUCAUUUUCAUUUGUCAAAGAUAGAAAAAAUAGAGAAAAAGAGUUUUUUAAUCUUGUUUAUUAUGUAGAUCAUUUUAUGUACGAUUAAAAUGUGAUUGUAAUUUAAUUUUUUGUCUUCUUAGGAAGUUUUAUUUCCAAUAAAUACCAUAAUUACUGUA